CGCAGGGCUGCGCACCAUGGCCGGGCUGCUGGCGCUGCUGUGCCCCACGGGCAGGGUGGGCGCCCGGGUCCGGUCUCGCGCCACCUGGCUCCUGGGCGCUGCCGCCCCCCGCGCCCCGCCGCCCGUGUUUCUGCCGCUGCUCGGGCCCGGGCUGGACGUCCCGCUGCUGCGCGCGGCCCGCGGGAACUGCUACGGCCGCCAGGACACCAGCAAAAUCGCUGUGACAACGGGCGGCAACAUCAGCAGUUCAGAGGAGAAAAAGCAAAGCAAGUCGCAGCAGCUGAAAAAGAUUUUUCAAGAAUAUGGUGCCGUUGGCGUGUCACUGCACAUUGGAAUCUCAUUAAUCUCUUUGGGCAUGUUUUACACGGUUGUUUCAAGUGGUGUGGACAUGUCAGCCAUCCUGCUUAAACUCGGGUUUAAAGAGUCACUGGUACAGUCGAAAAUGGCAGCAGGCACAAGUACUUUCGUGGUGGCCUAUGCCAUCCACAAGCUGUUUGCACCCGUGAGAAUCAGCAUUACCUUGGUUUCCGUGCCCCUGAUUGUCAGAUAUUUUCGGAAAGUGGGAAUUUUUAAACCUCCAGCUGCAAAGCCUUGAUGAACUCUUCAAUUGUGGGCCUGAAAACCUAUGUCUUUGAAAUGACACAUUUUGGACUGGUUUUAUGAUGUAGGGUUUAUGGUGGGGGUGAGGCAGGGGCUAACUGCUGUCUUCUCAUGAACAGCAUUUACUUUUGCCAGCAAAAAUUCAGGGUUUCAAAUCACUCUAAUUUUUUUGCUUUAUAAGUUCUGGUAAUGCUAUUCAUCAUAGGGCUUGUCUGCAUCAUCUAAAAUGUCAGAAAAGCAUCACCACUGAGUUAUAAUCUGAAACAAAACUGUCAGCCAGGAAAUGUUCCUUCUGGAAGAUCAUUGGUGAGGGUCUGCGUGCAGAAGCCUCAGGGGUUAAUCUUUGCUCAAGUUCUUAAAGGGCAGCGAUUCAUUAAGCUGGUUUUUAAAAGUCCCCUUCCUCCGAUAUUUGCUGUCAGGCUGCCUUCGUUUUAAUAUGCGGUAUUGUGCAAAACAGCUGCCAGUGCUACAAUUAAUGAAGCAGAAUUUCAGACUUCACAGUAUGGAAUCAGGAUCUUAAUUAGCAUCAACACUUUGACAUUCAUUACACUUGUUUGGGGGGGGAAGAAAAACAAGUAUUUCUGGUACGUUUCACUGAUCCCAAGACACCUUCAAAUCUGGACAUGAUGGGGCCUGCCUCGGCUGAUUUUUCCCAAACUUCAUUAAAGUAGGUCAGAAUCAUUUGUCUCUGUUUCGGUAGAACACGGAAACUUCAUCCAACAGUAAUGGCAUCAGUUGGCCCCGGACGCCUGUGUCCUCAGAGGAAUCUGGAUAGUGCACAUAUACGCAAAGCUGAAACAAUCUUGGCCUGACUCUCAGACUUCAGACAUUCCAGAACUAACUAGUGUCACAGUGUUUACAUUGUGUUGCUACUUAUAUUUUUUAACUGAGUUAAAAUUAUGCAUGCAAAAAAAGAAUUUGUAUCACUCUCUAAAAAAGGAAAAUUACUAGCAGUUGCUGUAAAUGGGAGGCAACCGCAAAAUAAUAAUACAAGCUGGGCAGGGACUGAGCUAGUUUACCAGAUAACGGGCGUGUGACUUUAGGCCCCUCAUUCUGUUUGGGACACUGGUUAAGAAUAGAAAUGCAAGCACACAGAUCCCAGUGGAGACUUUCUCCUCGAGACAGUCGGGGGCAAGCGACGGAGAAGGAGUAUAUUCCCGUGGGCUUCAGCAUCGCUGACGGGACACUGGCUGCACCCCAGGAACCCCAGUGUAACCAGUCUGCCCUGCCACCAUGGUUGAGGGGUUGCAUUUAUCUUUCUGGCUCCCAGAUUUAUUUUUUAUUUUAGUUUUUUGGUUUGAUUAACUACAUUUGUGACAAUCAGAAAACUCAAGGAACUAUAAACUGAUCAUCCUGGUUUUACUGA